AAAGACCUGUGCCAAUUCGAGUAUUACUUUUUAGAGUUUAACGGCGUUUAAGAGAGGACUAAUUAAAAGGAAAAAAAAUGGCAGAUUUAAAAGGAUCAGAAGUAGAAAUGGUGGAAUUUGCUUUUAAUUUAUAUGGAGAUGAAAAGGCAGGUAAGAUGGAUUCAACUCUAUUAGGCAAACUUUUAAGGGCUUGCAAUUUAAAUCCGAGUAACGCAGAGUUAACUAAAUACGGUGUCGCCGAAAAAGAAGGUCAAAAACAAUUUACUUUAGAGGAAUGUCUCAAAUUUUACAGUGAUUCUAAAAGAGAUAAAAAAGAACAGGGUUGUUACGAAGAUUUCGUUGAAUGUCUUAAAUUAUACGAUAAAAAUGAAAAUGGUAAAAUGAUGGCUGCUGAAUUAUCCCAUUCCCUUCUAAGUUUAGGCGAGAAAUUAACCGAUGCUCAAGUUGAGGAAGUUUUUGAAGAUUGUUUACCAGAAGAAAAUGAUGAUGGUGAAAUUGAAUACGAUAUUUUCCUCAGGAAAAUGUGCGGAAAACCUGUGCAGUGAGUCCCCGAGGCGCAGUUAAACUUUUAAAGUAAUUUUAACAUAACUUGUUGCAUUAUAAUUACUCAUAAAUAAAAAGUUCAAAAAAAAGUU